UGCCCGCGCUUGUUCACAGCUGCUUACAAACCUCCUCUUGCGGCGAAAAACUGCUGCUGGAGCUUUUUAAACCUUAUCGCUUUUAACUGCGGGCUUUUUUUGUGUUCUUAUACUCUUACUUGCUGUUUUAUCCGCUCUUAUUCUCACUUGAAAUGCCUACCAGAACCUCAUUGUCUUUGCCAGAGGAUGUAAAGGAACGACUUCAGGUGCUGGAAACAGGUGGCGAGAGUUUGUCAGAAGAGGAAUGUGUGAAGGAAAAGCUCAGGUUACUGCAGGACUUCCUGCGGGCUGAUACUCAGGACCAGCUCAGAAGCCUUGAAGCCAAGCUGAAGAACUCUGAACUUUCCUCUGAGGUCUACACGUCAGAGGUUAAGGCCGUGCUGAAGAAAGCUCUUGGUUUGGGCAAAGACAGUCAGAGUGACUGUGCAGAGCAGAAUGGGCAUUCAAACGGCAUCUCUGAAAAUGGAUCUCAUGAGGGUAAUGGGGAAAAGGAAGGAGCCAUGGAAACUCAGGAGGAAGGGGAUACCAUCAAGUCCCCCAGUGCCACAAAGGGCAGGAGUGGCCGACGCAGCAAAGCAGACUCCGAGCCCAAAAAAUCUCCUGCCAGUUCCAGGGUCACACGGAACUCUGGGAAACAGCCCACCAUCCUGUCAAUGUUCUCACGAGUGCCCAAGCGCAAGUCUGAUGAAGUGAAUGGAGAGACCACAAAUGGAGGUGCAGAAAAUAAAACUGAGGAAGCUGAUGUUGAAGAGGUCCGUGAAGAAAAACGUCUUAAAACGGAGUCUGAUGAGAAACCGGACACUGAAAGCACAAAUACUGACAAGACCAAGCCUGUGAGCGCAGCUAAGACACCUCCUCCGAAGUGUCCUGACUGCAGACAGUAUCUGGAUGACUCUGACCUGAAGUUUUUCCAGGGAGAUCCUGAUGAUGCGCUCGAUGAACCAGAGAUGUUGACCGAUGAGCGUCUUUCCUUGUUUGACUCAAAUGAAGAUGGAUUUGAAAGCUAUGAAGACCUGCCUCAGCACAAGAUUACAAACUUCAGUGUGUAUGACAAGCGAGGCCACCUGUGUCCUUUUGACUCUGGACUCAUUGAAAAGAAUGUAGAAUUGUACUUCAGCUGUGCUGUUAAGCCCAUCUAUGAUGACAACCCUUGCAUGGAUGGUGGAGUCCCUGCUAAAAAGCUUGGACCAAUCAAUGCCUGGUGGAUCACUGGUUUUGAUGGUGGAGAGAAAGCUCUGAUUGGCUUCACCACAGCCUUUGCUGACUACAUCCUUAUGGAGCCGAGUGAGGAAUACUCACCCAUCUUUGCCCUGAUGCAAGAGAAGAUCUACAUGAGCAAGAUCGUGGUGGAGUUUCUUCAGAAGAAUCCUGAUGUUACAUAUGAGGAUUUGCUUAACAAAAUUGAGACCACGGUGCCUCCUGCUGGUCUGAACUUCAAUCGUUUUACUGAGGACACGCUGCUGCGCCAUGCUCAGUUUGUGGUGGAGCAGGUGGAGAGCUAUGACGAGGCUGGAGAUUCGGACGAGCAGCCCAUCAUCGUUACUCCAUGCAUGAGAGACCUGAUCAAACUGGCUGGAGUAACACUAGGCAAGAGGAGAGCAGCCAGAAGACAGGCCAUUCGUCAUCCUACAAAGAUAGAGAAGGAUGUCAAGGGCCCAACUAAAGCUACCACUACUAAGCUGGUGUACCAGAUCUUUGACACCUUUUUCUCAGAUCAGAUUGAUCAGAAUAAUAAAGAGGGAGGUGGAGUCAAAAGACAGCGUUGUGGGGUCUGUGAGGUAUGCCAAGCUCCAGACUGUGGCAAGUGCUCUGCCUGUAAAGACAUGAUCAAAUUUGGAGGCAGUGGCCGCAGUAAGCAGGCCUGUCAGAAGAGGAGAUGUCCCAACAUGGCUGUGAAAGAAGCAGAAGAUGAUGAGAAUAUGGAUGAGGAAGAUGUUUUGCCACUUCUGAAAGACACAAAGAAAGUAUCUCAAGCUAAGAAGAAGCAGACCAAGAAUAAGAUCACAUGGGUGGGAGAGCCCAUUAAGACUGAAGGAAGAAGAGAUUAUUAUAUGAAGGUCCGUGUAGAGAAUGAGGUGCUGGAAGUUGGAGACUUUGUGUCUGUCAGCCCAGAUGAUCCCUCUCAUCCACUCUACCUUGCAAGGAUCACAGCUUUGUGGGAUGAUGGUGAGAAAAUGUUUCACGCACACUGGUUCUGCCGUGGUACGGACACAGUUCUGGGCGAGUCCUCGGACCCACUGGAGCUCUUCCUUGUGGACGAAUGCGAGGACAUGCAGCUGAGCUUUGUGCAUGGCAAAGUUAAUGUCCUUUACAAGGCUCCCUCAGAAAACUGGUUCAUGGAGGGUGGCAUGGAUGAUGACAUUAAGGUCAUUGAGGAUGACGGUAAAAGCUUCUUUUAUCAGCUGUGGUACGAUGGUGAUUUUGCUCGGUUUGAAACUCCACCCAAAGUCAUGCCAGAUGAAGAUUGCAAGUACAAGUUUUGCGCCAGCUGCACCAGGAAUAAGGAGAAACAGGAGCAGGAAACGCCUCGUGUAUUUGAUCCUCUGGAGGAUGAGGAGAGUGACUCUAAAGUGUUUUAUUCUCUGGCCUGCCUGAAGGGAGAACAGUACAAGGUGGGGGAUAGUGUCUACCUCCCACCUGAGGCUUUCAGUUUUGGAGUAAAGGCUGCAAGCCCGGUGAAGCGUCCUCACCGGAAGGAAGAUGUAGAUGAGGAUCUGUAUCCGGAAUACUACAGGAAGUCCUCAGACUACAUCAAGGGUUCCAACCUGGAUGCUCCAGAGCCUUUCCGUGUUGGCCGUAUCAAGGAGAUCUUCUGCAACAAGCGCAGCAAUGGCAAACCAGACACAUCAGAGAUCAAACUGCGCAUUUACAAACUCUACAGACCCGAGAACACGCACAAAGGACCAAAGGCAGGCUACCACACAGAUAUAAAUCGACUUUACUGGAGUGAUGAGGAGGUAACUGUGAGCAUGGCAGACGUGCUGGGCCGGUGUCGAGUGGAGUAUGGAGAGGACCUGGUGGAGAGCAUGCAGGAGUAUUCCAGUGGUGGACCUGAUAGAUUCUACUUCCUAGAGGCCUACAAUGCCAAAUCCAAAAGCUUUGAGGACCCACCAAACCAUGCUCGUUCUGUUGUGAACAAAGGCAAAGGAAAAGGCAAGGGAAAAGGUAAAGGAAAAGGGAAAGCUUCCUCACAGGACACGCAGGAGCAAGAGCCUCAGGAGCUCAAGGUCCCCAAGCUGCGCACGCUUGAUGUGUUCUCAGGCUGUGGUGGUCUAUCUGAAGGCUUCCACCAAGCAGGCAUCUCUGAGACCAACUGGGCAAUUGAGAUGUGGGAUCCUGCUGCACAGGCUUUCAGGCUGAAUAACCCUGGCACCACAGUGUUCACAGAGGACUGCAAUGUGCUGCUCAAGCUGGUAAUGUCUGGAGAGAAGACUAACUCCCUUGGCCAGAAGCUCCCACAGAAGGGUGAUGUGGAGAUGCUGUGUGGAGGGCCACCUUGCCAAGGUUUCAGUGGAAUGAACCGCUUCAACUCGCGCACUUAUUCCAAGUUCAAGAACUCCCUGGUUGUCUCUUAUCUGAGUUACUGUGACUACUACAGGCCGAAGUUCUUCCUGCUGGAAAACGUCAGGAACUUUGUGUCCUUUAAGCGCUCCAUGGUCUUAAAACUCACUCUACGCUGUCUGGUCCGCAUGGGCUACCAGUGCACAUUUGGUGUACUGCAGGCAGGGCAGUAUGGAGUGGCCCAAACACGACGCAGGGCAAUUAUCCUGGCUGCUGCUCCGGGUGAGAAGCUCCCUCGCUACCCCGAACCACUGCAUGUGUUUGCUCCACGAGCAUGCUCCCUCAACGUUGUGGUGGAUGACAAGAAAUAUGUCACCAACGUCACACGAGGAAAUGGUGGUAUCUACCGCACCAUUACAGUGCGGGACACUAUGUCUGACCUCCCAGAGAUCCGGAAUGGAGCGUCUGCUUUGGAGAUCUCCUACAACGGGGAGCCACAGUCCUGGUUCCAGAGGCACAUCCGCGGUGCACAAUACCAGCCCAUUCUCAGGGACCAUAUCUGCAAGGACAUGAGUGCCUUGGUGGCAGCCCGUAUGCGUCACAUUCCUCUGGCCCCAGGCUCGGACUGGAGAGACCUGCCCAAUAUUGAGGUGCGGCUGCCGGAUGGGACCACCACAAAGAAGCUUCGCUACACGCACUCCGACAAAAAGAAUGGACGCAGCGGCACUGGCGCGUUGAGGGGAGUAUGUGCCUGUGCUGGAGGCAAGCCCUGUGAUCCUGCAGACAGGCAGUUCAACACUCUGAUCCCGUGGUGUCUGCCUCACACGGGUAACCGCCACAACCACUGGGCAGGGCUGUACGGCAGGCUGGAGUGGGAUGGCUUCUUCAGCACCACUGUUACCAAUCCUGAGCCUAUGGGCAAGCAGGGACGUGUGCUACACCCAGAGCAGCAUCGUGUGGUCAGCGUUAGGGAAUGCGCUCGCUCACAAGGCUUCCCAGAUACGUACCGCUUCUUUGGCAACAUCUUGGACAAACACAGACAGGUUGGGAAUGCAGUGCCUCCACCCCUUGCUAAAGCCAUUGGACUUGAAAUCAAGAAAUGUGCCCACGAGAAGAUGAGGGAGAAUGCAACAGAGCCUGUGAAACAGGAGAAGAUGGAGGUUUGUGACUAGAGCUACUCCUCAGCAGAUUGAAUUUCUCACCUCAGCCUAUUCAGCCCAUUCCAUUAACUCAUAAGCUGUUGUCGAGCCUGGCUAUUCAGAUGGCGUCUCUAUGGACGGUUUGUGCAGUGCCAUUUCAAGUGAUGUUUUAUCAAUUUCUAAAUGUGAUUUUUAACCAUGUAUUUGCAAUCUCCACUCUGAGACAGUGGAAUAAAUUCUAUGUAGUUUUUAUAUGUUGUAAUAUUUCAAAUAAAGCUCUUAUGGAUGUCAUGUGUUUAAUAUA